UUGCUCGGAGAUAAACACUUUAAAUUGCGUGGACGUCACGGUCAGGUAGAGCGCAGUGAAAGUCGCUCGUGAACCUAGAACCGGGCAAACCCAAUAGGUACAGUGAUCAGCAUAGUGACGCAGCAAUGUCUCGCACGAGCUUCCCAUCAUUAAUUUCACAAGUUAUCAGGGGUUUAGCAUUGAAUGGCACUGGACCUGAUGCUCAGCGUUGUCGGUGAGCAAUGAGGUCCUAUUAGAUGUGGUUUCAUCUCGACUUCAUAUCUAUCAGUUGUGGGAAUUUACAAGGAAGGUUGAUCUAACUUGGAAACAGCGAAGAUGGACGUAUCGCAAACCAACUACUGUCUAUUUAGUGAUAUCUCAAAUUCGGUAAAUAUCGAGACAAAAUUAAUUUUACCGAAUUGCUGCAAAGUGGUCCGGUGGCGCAGCCGUGUCAUAUAGGCAUCCUGGAGAGUGUGGCUAGCCGAGUCACUGCGUUCGAACCUCAGAGAAGAAUUUGCGGUGACAAGCAGGUUAAUUUGAAAAGCCCGUGAGAAAAUCUCUCACUUGUAAUUAUGUGAUUGAUGGUCUAACGACUUGAACUUUUCUCUCCGCUAUCUUUAUUAAAGAACGAAAAGGUUGCAUUCAUUUGGAAUUGAAGGGAUCAUAUCAAGUCUCUCUCAUGGAUUGUGCCGAUGUUGUAUUUUACUUUGAAUUCAAGCCCACAGAGUCGCCUUAGGGACUUGCCAACUGAUAUUUGUUUCAUUUUUCAACACCGCUGCAUUGGAUCAAAAAUGGAUUUGUCAUUGUAGACUACUCCUGCCUGCUGCUGAAGACCGCGCUCUCCUUUGGGUGUUUUGGACUUUUCUUUCUCAACGAUGCAGCUCAUCCGACUAGCGUGGGCUUUAACGGGAGCUGCAAUCUGCUGUUUCGUUAUCCUCCUUAUUCACUCACAUGUUCUAAAAGAAGGUCAGUUGGCAGCGGGUACUUGUGAGAUAGUUACUCUGGACCGGGACAGCAGUCAGCCACGGCGGACCAUAGCACGACAGACGGCGAGGUGUGCCUGCAAAAAGGGUCAGAUUGCAGGCACCACGAGAGCCAGUCCGGCUUGUGUAGACGCUCGCAUUGUGAGGAGCCGGCAGUGGUGUGAUAUGAUGCCUUGCUUGGAAGACGAGGGCUGUGACCUCUUAGUAAACCAGUCGGGCUGGACCUGCACACAGCCUGGGGGCCGGGUGAAGACCACCACGGUAAGACAAGACUGCCAAGCCUCGUAA